AUGGAAAACUUGACCGCAAUCAUCACUUCCCAUCCUGCAUUCGAAGCGACCACAAGACAUACUGUAGUGGCCCUUAAAACCAUGCAGUCACUCUCCAAAGGAAGUUUUGCCUUGGGUAGUAUUGUGCUCGGCUGGUAUUUAAAUCGUUGGGCAAACGACAGGGCUCUCAAUAGCAACAAUGCACCCGCGGUGUUCGAUUGGAAUAAAGAAAUCGUCGUGGUUACUGGAGGUUCUGGUGGUAUUGGAGCUGAGAUUGUAAAGUCACUAGCAGCCAGGGGCAUUAAUGUCAUUGUUCUCGACGUGCUCCCGUUGACGUAUACUAAAGGCGCAAAGAUGCACUACUACAAAUGUGAUCUGACAAACUUCGAUGAGUUACAGUCUAUCGCAGCGCGCAUUAGAAAGGAUGUUGGCGAGCCCACCAUCACCAUCGCCAAUGCCGGCAUCUGCAGGGGCAAACCUAUUCUCGCAGCAUCCAAGGAGGACAUUGACCUGACCUUUGGCGUAAACAAUCUCGCACUUCUUUGGACAGCAAAAACCUUCAUUCCCAGCAUGGUGAACAAGAACCACGGCCAUUUCUUAAUCGUAGCCUCACAAACAGGAUACACCUGCUCACCCGGUUUGACAGACUACUCAGCAACAAAGUCCGCCGCGAUAGCCAUAUACGAGGGCCUACACGGCGAAAUACGACGCAUCCACAAGGCAGACUCGGUGCGCGUAUCUUGCGUGUCUCCUGGACCCGUCGACACGAAAAUGUUCAAUGGCAUUAAGCUCGGGCCUGGCAUAGCGUCUUUGAAUCCUGAGACGCUAGGUAAGAAGAUUGCGGAUAUCGUGUGUGGUGGCAGGGCGAAGAACAUUUUCAUUCCUGCAUGGGCUGGGCUGACGGUUUGGAUGCGGGCGAUGCCGGAUUGGGUGAGGGUGGGUAUGCAGGGUUUUAGUACGGGGAUUUUCUCGCAGCUAAAGCCGCAUAAUCCGAUGGAGGGCAAGUGA